UGAAUUUCUUGGUACUUCUGUGUCUACUGCUACUGCUUCGAUAAAAUUGCUAAACGUCGUUUCACAAGUAGGAAACGAGCAACAAAACAUGGUCGCUUGUUGCGGUUCCAAGUCCGCGGACUCUCCGCAAGUGGAGAACCGCGUCAAAGUCCCGGACGACUACACAGAAUUCGAAGUCGAAGUUCGCACCGCCGAAGUGCAGAAAUCCCGAGGCACCCCGCUCUGCAACCUGGUCCUGAACUCCGAUCGGAAUGUGGUAUGCACUCCAAAAAUGUCUGGGUCUGGAAGGUUGGAACUUGUCAUGCUAAAUCUGAAUCAUGCAAAAAUCUGUGUUGCGUGAUUCCCAAAUGCUGUCCAAUUUUGAUCAAGUUGAGAGGCAGUUUCUCAUGCAGGAUAGGCAUGAUAGUGAUCUCACGGAAUCCGUCAUGCUAGGUCCUCCAUUACAGAUCAUAUGGGUCAUGGAAAACCUGCAUGACAAGUCUAGCAAAGUUCCAGACCCAGACACAUAUGCAUUUGAUAUGUGGGCAACGGCGUCGAGAUCGAAGUGGAGAGGCAAAUAUCAAAUGCAAAAAUGUCUGGGUCUGGAAACUUGUGAUGCAAAAAGUGGAUGAUAGCCGGACUGCAAUACGCAACCCAGCAUGACAAAUUUUUGAGCUGCUAUGUGUUGCGUGUUCCGCAUGAGAAGCUGCGUUUUUGGAUGACAGAUAGGAGAGUUUUUUCGUGCCCAUGCAUCACAAAUUCUCGAGUCAUGUCAGACAUGCAUGACAAAUGUAAGAAUCUACCAGACCCGGACAUUUUUGCACUUGAUAGCAAACCCACAAGUGGGCACGAAUGAAGGGGCUGGAGACCGGUGACGUGAUCAUCACGAUGGACGAAAUAGCAGUUUCGGAUUGCAAGGCGGAGCUGGAAGUGCUGAUAUGCAACGAAGAUGAGGAAAUAAAAACAAACUCCCCUGGUGCACCAGGAGAACAGGCCUCUUCACAGGAACAACAUCCAACGCCAACCAUCCCCCUGGUGAAGACGAUCACGCUGCGAAUUUGGAGAAAGAAGCCCGUCGCGGAGCACACGCCACGUGCGCAGCAGACGUGGGGCGCCCUCACGAUUGAGCACAGCUCGGAUUUUGUCAGCAAAACUGCGCACGAGAAACAGGCAGAUUUUUUCCACCACUGGGCCGAAGCAUUUGACGAUUCUUGCGCCGUAGGAUCCCAUGCAGCCGUGCGGGACGUUGGUGGCUACGAGCAUGAAGUUUUGUGUGCGAAGGGGGAGACGGGUAUAGAAGGGUUAGGGUUUUUUGAUGUAAAGACAGCAGGCUUGUUCAUCUUCUCGAAGGCAUAAUUGUCCUCCCUAGAAGUUGUAGAAUGCCAGUAUGAAACACACGGCACCCUUGUUCUCUCUGAUAAUACGCGUUCUGACGUAGGAAACUUGAAAGAAAAACCUACGCAUUUUCCUCUCACACUUCAACAGACAUGCUCGAGCAAGCGCUUGCCUUCAUGCAGGACUGUAGGAUACCGCAAGCCCCGCAGUUGUCCCGGUUACAAGCUCUGUUUGAAGAACACGAACAGGAAGUCACCCACUUGUCCACCUGGUGCAGGUUAUCAGACUUCCCGCAGAACGCAGCCGCGUCGUCCCUUCUUGCCUCCCCGGAAACCGUAAAGACCAUCGACGUCGAGCAGGUGGAAGUGCAGGGGCUAGAAGUGCAACUACAAACGGGGGAUGGUACUACAACUACCAGCAAACCGCCCGGCCAAGUCCCAGCCGCAGCAGAGACCACACGACUACGCGCCGAACAAGAAGUGGACCAGUUAGACGUCACGUCGCCUGGGGAAGAAGACGAGACGCUGGCGCACUCGAUUGACGCCGGCGUGACCUUUCAUGGCGACCUGUCCUGGGACCUGGUGAUGCUGCUUUGUCCGCACUGCGCAGAGCUGGAUUCGCUGCAUCAGUACUGCUUGCAGCCGGAAGUUGCGGUAUAUGUUUGUAAGAAGAUUAUGCAGUAUCGUACUAGUAUAGAUUGCAUUACAGCAUUACAAACGAAAUUCAAAUUUGUAAUGCGGAUUUACCUUAGGAAAAAAAUUGUCUUGCAGGUCCACCACGGUAGUCCCAAAACAAAAAAACGCCAUGCAGGUUCACCACGUGUCGGCCCUCGGGCUAUCCGUUUUUCCGGAGAAUAGUGACGAGCUCAAAUUGGAAAUCAAGCUCAGCAAGGAUCUAUGCAUGACAAAAGUAUCGUAUGUAGUACAAAUCGCAUGACAAACUUUUUCAAACAACAAAAGUUUCUAAUGCUGAAAAUGGUAAAAAAACAGACAGAUAUCUGUAUAUGCAUGAACGCCAUGAGUGGGGCUACUUCCGAUUCUUUUGCAGUGGAUAGGAUUCCACCGUGCUGGAGGGCAUGCUGAUUUUGAAAUGCCUCGGCUUGGAAAAGCCGGACUCGCAGCUGUUGCGGUUGUUGGCCAGCCGCGAUUUUGCGGACAUCACGCUGGUCACCUGGUUCGGCAGGUCCGGGAUAACCACGUUUUCCCUUCGGCUAAGCCCGGAGGAAAGCACCACUUUGCCCUUGCACGUGUUAACGAAAGCGCAGGAACUCGUGACGGUUUCAUCCAGCGCGACCACUUCCGACGGCAGUACGGCGGGCGCGAGCGGGAUGAGCGGGCAUCGCUGCAAGUAUGAAUUGCAAAAGUAAUGCACUCGUAUUGCAGUCAUGCAUUGCAAAUCUUUUUCUUAAUUUGUAAUGCAUCUAUCCGAGUGCGAUACUUUUGCGGUUCAUAGCAAGCCGACGUCGUUGAUUUUUCUCAUAACCGCACGGGGUCCGUCCAUUGCGGAAGGUUUUCGAAGUGCAUCAUGAAAUAGAUUUCGGAGGCGCGGAAAAAUGUCAAACUCGCCACAU